CCCCUCCUCCCUGCUGUCACAUCUGGAGCUGGCUGCUCUCAUCAGCACCACUCAGCGCAGUGUAUGUGUGUGUUUGAGAGAGAGCGAGAGCGAGUGAGAGAGAGUGAGGGAGGGAGUAAACGACUGGAGAAGUGGAGACUGGCUUGGUCGGCGUAGCCUCAUCCACAGCCGAGCAGAAUCAAGGAGAGGAGAGCGGAAGGACAUCCCACGCCACCUUCUCAUCCGCACUCACAAAUAGGCUGUUUUGCAUCUCCUCUGUCCUCCAUCCGCGCGUCCAGGUUCUUUCCACCCCCCUCUCUCUCUUUCUCUUCCUUCCUCUUGCUGUGGGUAGCGUAUGAUGAGCUCCAGCCUGCUAGAAAACCCGGUGCAGGCGAUUCUGUACCUGCGGGAGCUUACCACCAUCGUCCAGAAUCAACAGAGUCUCAUCCAGACCCAGCGUGCAAGAAUAGAAGAGCUGGACCGGAGGGUAGAUGAGCUGAUCGGCGAGAACAGACACCUGCGGGACGUCAGGAUACAACAACAACAUCCUUAUCACCACCACCAUCACCAUCAUCACCACCCCGACCCCAGCUGCCUUCAUCAUCACCACCACCAUCCCCAGGACCCCCCGCUCAAGACUAGUCCUGGGUCUUUGCCAGAUGCGGCUUCACCAGCACAAGUCGAGGCGGCUCCGGCUGUCCAGUCCUCGCCCACCCAACCUAUGAACCCAGGAGACAUGCAGCUGGUCCCAGCCGAGCCUUCCACAAUUUCACCGGUUGAAAGUGAGUCCGAAAACGGUGGAAGUUGCCCCAGCUGCCGCUCUUUGGUUCCGAUGACCCCGACAACCCUUUGUCGGUCUCUGGCCCUGGCCAGGAAAUCCGAGAGCGAGACUGUGCUGCAUCAGUUUUGCUGCCCCGCCCCUGAGCAUCCAGAGACUGAGACCACUGGCUCAUCCAGUGGACAGAUGCUGAGCCUGGAGGAUGGCACCUCCUCUGGGGACAGACAGGAAACAGAGGGUACCAAAAGGGAGGGACCCAGUGAGUACGAGAGCACCCUGGAGAAUAAAAACAAACAGAUAGAAGAGUUGGAGCAGAAGUAUGGAGGCCAUCUCAUAGCAAGGCGGGCAGCCCGUCGUAUCCAGACAGCCUUCCGUCAGUACCAGCUCAGCAAAAACUUCCAGAAGAUCCGCAACUCAUUGUCAGAAAGUAAGCUUCCUCGUCGGAUCUCUCUACGGCAUCCCAGCCCUUCGGGCAGAAACCGGAACGCAGCUCAGAGACACAGCUACACUCUGCAUCCUGGAGGAGGACAGAUACCUUUACGCUCUAAAACUCCCCCUCCACCCCCUUGCCGCUCCACAUCCCUGCCCCCAUCAUCUCCUGCGUCAGCCCCGGCACCUCCCCCAACUCCUGCCCCAGGCUCAGGCCCAGGACCUGGACCAGGCCCAGCACCACCCACACCUCAAACCCCAGGACCCUCACUCACACAACUGGAAGACUGCUUCUCUGAACAACUGCACUCCUUGGCGCAGUCAAUUGAUGAAGCCCUUCGUGGCUGGAGCUUGUCUGAGGGUGGAGAGGGGAAGGGACUGCUGAUGGACCCCGGGGCGCUUCGUGCAGCUGCCGAGAGUGCUUGUCUGCCACGUAGUGCCAGCUCGCUGCUCAUGGCGUUCAGGGAUGUUACAGUUCAUAUUGACAGCAAUAGCUCCUAUACCAUCUCCUCUGCCACCACCACAACCACCACCACCUCUUUGGGCAAUGCAGGUGGGGGACAACCAGGUAGCAGGAAGACUUCUGUGAGUGGAAUGGCUGGGGGAGGAGACAACCAGUCAGUGGAGGAGCCAGAGUUUCCUGCACCUCCGCCUAGUGAAGAGCUGGAAAUGGUUGAUCUAGGAUCCAGGAGGGGUUCAGCAGUGCCAACUGCAGGGGGAGGAGGAAUAGAAGGGGAGAACAGCACAGACAGACUGGGAUCCUCCUCCACUUCUACCUCUACUUCCACUUCCAUCUCCACCUCUGCCCAGACUAACCAACAGCCUGCCCAGAUUUAUACCCAGUACCAGCAGUACCACUACACUCAUCCCCAGCAGAUCUCCGGGGGGCCAAGCCCCGAGGCCCUGCAGGCUCUGGUCGUCUCUCUGCCGAGGGACCGCUGCCAGGAUCCAGCCUCUUGCCGCUCACCCACCCUGUCUACUGACACACACCGCAAACGCCUCUAUCGUAUAGGACUCAACCUCUUCAAUGUGAAUCCAGAGAGAGGCAUCCACUUCCUGAUUACGCGUGGUUUCGUCCCAGACACGGCCAUCGGAGUGGCUCACUUUCUGCUGCAGAGGAAGGGCCUAAGCCGGCAGAUGAUUGGGGAGUUUCUGGGGAACAGCAAACUGCAGUUCAACAGAGAUGUCCUUGACUGUGUUGUGGACGAGAUGGAUUUCUCAGGCAUGGAGCUUGACGAAGCCCUGAGAAAGUUCCAGGCCCAUGUCCGUGUUCAGGGAGAAGCACAGAAAGUGGAGAGACUCAUCGAAGCCUUUAGUCAGAGGUACUGUAUGUGUAAUCCUGACGUGGUGCAGCAGUUUCACAAUCCAGACACCAUAUUCAUUCUGGCCUUUGCUGUCGUCCUCCUCAACACUGACAUGUACUCGCCCAACAUCAAACCCCAGCGAAAAAUGGGCCUUGAUGACUUCAUACGCAACCUAAGAGGUGUGGAUGAUGGAGCGGACAUCCCCAGAGAGAUGGUUGCAGGUAUUUAUGAAAGGAUCCAGCAGAGAGAGCUCCGCUCAAAUGAAGACCAUGUCACCUAUGUGAGCCGUGUGGAGCAGUCAAUCCUGGGCCUAAAAACUAUUCUCGCCGUGCCCCACAGACGUCUAGUGUGCUGCUGUCGUCUGUUUGAGGUGCCUGAUGCCAACAAACCUCACAAACAGAAACUGUCUCAGCUCCAGAGAGAGGUCUUCCUUUUCAAUGACCUACUGUUGAUCCUGAAGCUAUGUCCCAAGAAGAAAAGCUCUGCUUCAUACACCUUCUGUAAAGCUAUGGGUCUCCUAGGAAUGCAGUUUCACCUCUUCAGCAAUGAAUACUAUGCCCAUGGUGUCACCAUGAUGAGCCCGUUUACCUCAGAGAAGAAACAGCUGGUGAGUUUCUGCUCUCCAAGUGGGGAAGAGCUCAGGAAGUUUGCGGAAGAACUCAGAGAGUCAAUCGCAGAGGUCAACGAGAUGGAACAGAUUCACAUCCAGUGGGAACUGGAGAGGCAACAAGGCAUCCAGCCACAUGGCUUACACACUAACGGCGGGCAAAUGGAUGCACAUACAGGACACGGCUCUCCCUCAGGCCAGGAUGCGUACGAUAAAACCGGCAACAACAACACAGUAGAGGUGUCAAUUCACAACAGGCUGCAGACCUAUCAGCUGAGCCAGCCCAGCAUUGAGUCAACGCCACUGGCUCUGGCUGCGCCACCUGCCCUGCUCAGCCCAGUCCAGGCCGGAGAUCUCCGCCCAGAAACACUCAUCCAGUGCCAGCAGAUUGUCAAGGUGAUUGUCAUGGACCAGAGCGGGCGAGGACGGAUGGAGGCAUUCCUCAGCCAAGGCCCGGCUACCCAUCAGCUCAUCCAGUCGGCCCUGUCAACACCUGCGCGUGUCAGAGAGGGAGAUGGGCCUCAACCCCCUUUGCCGCCACCUCCUCCACCUUACAACCAUCCCCACCAAUUCUGUCCACCCGACUCACCCAUGCCCCUUCACCACACCAUGCCUCUUACCCGCAGGCGCAACUCCAGCGGCUCCCGCAGCAUCGUUUAGGUCAUCAGCUGCGUAACAAACUCCCUGCGCCAGACAAGAUCCGCACACUCACACUCAACAAACACAUGCUGGAGCACAAGUCAGCUUACUUUGAAUAGUAAGACAAAAGAAGUGCAAAAAAAAAAGUAAAGUAAAGAUUAUAUUGUGUGACUUAAAUGAGGGGAGGAGGGGGGGGGUGCAAAGAAAAUGCAAACCAAGAAUUUAUUUAUAGUCUUAACUUGGCUGUGUGCUUUUUAAACAUGGAGUAGCUUUGAUGGUAUUUCUGAAAGACUUUUCUUCUUUCUGUUCUCUUCAGCCUGUCACCUGGUAGCAGCUGUUGUUGUCUGUCUGGAUUUCACGCUGUUGGCUGUAUGGUGACUUAGCAUUUUUAAAUGUCGCCUAUCCAACAAGUGUACGUGAGCUUGGAGUGUCAGAAAAAACACCCUGAAAAGACAUGACAUAUCUUUAAAAAAAAGGGGGAAGAUUCUGUUCUCUUUGAGGAUAUUGAUGUUCAUGGCAUCUCCCUGUUUUCAGUAUUACCACACUCAGUGAGGGAUCGUUUUACUGCAGCUAAUCUAACUACUUUAUACCAUAAUCAUUUUCCUUCAUCUCUGCAUAAUGUGAAGAAACAAGAGCACCAGCUUAUUUGUUUCUCCAUUUUCUAGGGAACACAUAAUCAGUGUGCGUGGAAAAAGGCAAAGAAGAUAAAUUGCCGUACCGUCUCUACCACCUACGGGUUAGUGUAGUAAGCAAGGAUGCUGCUACUAACUAAACUAUCCUAAAUUAAUAUCCUGAUGACAAUCAUGAUUCGGUGCUUCACUGUUGCAUGAUUUUCUAAAAUUGAGCAGAUAGCAGAUAUCCUCACAGUAUCUGUAUGCUGUGAUUCUGAAGGUGUGCUCUCACACAGCUCAAGAAAGAGUCUGCUGCAUUGCAACAUUUAACACUUUAUCUGCACCUCUGAGUUGUACUGAGGGGAGAGUGCUUCUGUACUGUUUGUUCAGCCUGCUUACCCAUGGGCAACAGGGAGCCAGGCUGAUAAUUUAUCCUAACCAAGGCUAAAAGAAGCCUUUCUCCUCCUGUCUAUUUACUCCAAACAGGUUGCCUUGUGCAUAGGGAUGUUACCUUUGGAUUUAGGGAAACCUAAAAAGAAAACGUCAUCCAAAAAUCAAAUAUACAUGUUUUUCUUAUGCUUUGUAGUGCUGUUUUUACAUCUAGAUUUGUUUUCUUCUGGUUUGAGUUGCUCAGUUGUGGACAUGCCUGCCUUCUUUUGAAUGUAAUGGAGUUACUGUAGAUAGCACUUGCCUUGGACUGCUAAAAGUGGAAAAAAAUGGCAGAAGGAAGCAUCUAUGACAAGAGGCAUAACCAUGACAGGAUGUAAAUAAUAGGUCCCAGUGCUGAGCUGUAAUGUUGUGUACCUGAACACUUUUUUGGUUGGAUGUACAACCCAAUCCCCGCCCCCCCCCCAAAAAAAAUAAUGCAACAGUUUGCAGAUCACACAAUCCCAUAUGAUUAUCUACAAUAUAACAUAGAAAACAUACUAAAUGUUCAAAUUGAGGGAACCGCCCCCCCAAUAAUGUAAAGAUAAGGAAUUCGAUGGCAGCAAUCCAUCUAAAAAAUAUGUUGUGACAUGUGACGUGUUUACCUCUGUGUCAGCAAAGCCGUGUUGUUGUAAUAUUUCUGCAGUUUAGUGUACCUGCUGUAGCACUGUCUUGUUGAUAGACGUGGUGGUGUCCUAUCCUCUUUAAACCAGAGGAUGCAGCGUCACUGUGCCUUAGUCCAUUUUAAAUGAUCCAGAGAAGACUACACAUUUUCUAGAUCAUCUUCACAUUAUGGUUGUUUAACCUGCAUUUGUGGAUGGCAAUUUGUGUUCACAGAGAGGGAUUUCUGGAAGUAUUUGUGAGCCCAUGCAGUGAUAUUUUCUGUAUGAUAGAAUCAUGCUUGUUUUCAAAGCAGUGCUGCGUGAAGGCCCAUUGUGCUGUUAAUGACGAGAUAUUGACAAUCUUUACAAUUUUACAUUGAGGAACAAUAUUCUGAAAGUGUUCCACAAUUUGUUGAUGUUGUUUUUUGCAGGUCGGUGAACCUCUGCCAUCUUUGCUUCUUAGAAACUCUGCCUCACUAAGAUGCAAUUUUUAUGUCCAGCCAUGUUACUGACCAAUUAACCUUUAUUUAGUAUUAUAUUUGCACACUGUUCCUCCCCUUUUGUUGAUACCAUCCUAACUUUUUUGAGAUGGGUUGCUGCCACCAAAUUAUAAAUAGGCAUAAUACUGUUCCUAGAAUAAUAAAAUGUCUCAGAUUAAACAUUUGUUUACACAUAUUUUUUUAAUGUGCUUAUGAGAUUUUCAAAUCACUGCAUUGUGUUUUUAUUGACAUUUUACACAUUGUCCCAACUUUCCUGGAGUUUGAGUUGUAGGCAUCCAUCCAUUAUUAUAUUCAGUAUCAAGGGUGAGAGGCAGGGCACACCGCACAGGCAGCCAGUCCAUUAAAGGGUGGACACAUUAAAACUGCUCACAACAAGAUCUGAAUCAAACCAAAGUGAAUUUUUUAUUUACUUAUUUAUUUAUUUUUUGACAAAUUGGAUUUUGAUUUCUAGAAAUCACAUUGCUACUAAUUUUCUGAUGUGUAUUUUUUGGUGCUUUGGGCACCACAAGACAAAGUGCCAUCUGCUACCAUCAUACUCAAGAGAAGGCUUGAUUUCCUACAGCUAUGCCUCCAAAACUAUAUUAAAAUGAAGUAAAAUGCUCUACACAGGGUUGACCCAAAUCACCUCACUAGACCACGUCUCCCCUCUCACCUAUUUAUAUUCUCCUUACGCAAUGAAAAUAUUAUAUAAGCAGACAUGCACAUGAGUACUGAAUGUUAAAUCAGGGGGAAAACUGAAGAUGUCCGUGGAAUAAUAACUGAUUUCCUCACGUGUCGUCUGUCCACCGUUGAUGGUUUCGAGCCAGUUUGUACAGCACAUCACGAAUCAUCCGACUGAGACAUACCAAACACGUCUUGUACCUUUUUGCACCACAGAAUAUACUGGAUAUAUUGUAAAUAGAUAAUAUAGAUUUAUUCUGAAAAAGUGAUUGCUUUGCCCAGUGUGUGUAUCUACGUAUGUAUUUGUACAGAGAAAAUCUAGUUUAAAAGAAAAAAAGAAUAUUAUAGUUAUUAUAGUUACUAUUAUUCACAUUUAAUAUCAGGGGGAGUCCUAUAUGUGAUAAGAGACAGAAAACAGGCAGCUUUUAUAGAAUACGUGACAUUAUUACAGAUCUACACUUGUCAUUAAAUUACCAUGUCAUGUUAUUACAGGAUUAUUAAGAGAUGGCUGCGUGUCAUCUGUAAAGGUAUGCAAAGGGCUAUGCUGUAUUGGUGAAUACGUACAGUACACCACAAGUCACGCCACAAACACACACACACACACACACACAUGCACGCACUAGCAUAACAAACAGCUGCACAUGUGAUCACACAACCACACACAAACAUGCACACGGCUGCCAAAGCAACAACAAAUUUAAGCUUAGACUUUGAAACUGCUUGAUUUCUCAAGUCAGUAACCCCACUUUGUUUACUGUAAACUCUGACUUGUACUAUACCGCAUGAUAUUUUUUUUUUUUGUUUGCUUUUUUUGUUCGCUUUGUUUUUUUCAUUUACAGUACACAGGAGGAGUUUGAGUCUACGUUUUCGUUAUUAUUGUCAGGGCAUGUUUGCUUUGUUGAUGUCAUUUUCUCCUUUCUCUCUCUUGCUCUACUCCCUCUCCCCCCUUCUCUUUUCUACCCUUACCCCUUGCCUUCUCCGUGGUUGUCAUGGAGAUGCACCAAUCUGCAUCCUCACUGUGGAGCACUGUCAUUAAUCUCUGCACCGUCACAAUAUUUCUAUAAAGGAGAUUUCUUAAAGAUCAACAUGUUUACUAAAAGAAUUUCUAAUUUUUCUGUUUGAAGAGAAUGAAAGAAUAAAGUAGUUUUUACUCUCA